UCGACAGAUAAAAAAAAAAAUUGUCGCUGUCAAGUUUCAUUGGAACCAUUAGCCUUGACUUUUGAUGUUGCAAUUUGGUUGAGAGAACGUGCAGUUUAUAUCGUUGGGAAAGUAACACAUUCAAUGUAACUAUUGGUGUUUUGUCAUUCUUUUCAUUUUGAUAAACAAUUUACGUGCGUGGGAUGAUUUCCAUCUACGAAGAGAAUGAUCCAAAUUCUUUGGAGCUUGUGGAAGGUCUUGGUCAAGAUAACAGUGAAGAGGAGUUGGACUUCUCCUACUUGUUUUUGUACAACCCAUAUGAGGAUGACUUUCGCGGGAAUGAAGACAACUCAGGGGUUCCCCCUCACGAUGAUCAUAACCCUCCAUCUAUGGUGCCCUACCCUUGUGAGGACAGUUCCAGUUGUGCCCAUACAACCUCCAGUCAGUCCUCCUACUACCAUGGGCUUGUCACUGACUGCCUGUCUGGGCUUGGGUUUAACUCGCUGGAUCUCCCCUCCAGGCCAGAGGGUGCUCCCUCCCCCAGCCCCAGGAUUGAGAUCACCCCUAUCGAGAGCCUCAGUGCCCAAGCCCUGCCAGCAGCAACUCCUCCACGGGCUGGCUGUCCAAGUCUUGCUCUCCCUGGGUCUCUCCUUGUGUAUCUCCCAGUGGUGAUGGGGACGCGGUAGGCUUGACCACCUUGGACCACCUCCAAGGCAUCCACAUGUCCAUGGCUCACUCCUCCCCAGGGACCUCCCCGUGCACCAGCAUCACAGAGGAGACAUUCCUGGUACUGCAGAGUCAGUGGUCAUCCUCCCCCCACUCCCAUACCCACCCGCGCUCUCGCUCCGCCUCUCCUCAGGGCAAACGCACCUACGACCAGUACAGCGGCCCCAGCCUGGGGACCACCAGCCAGCAACAGCGCUUCCGGAGCCUCAGCCCCUCGCCCCACCAUGUUACUAAUGAUCUUACUCCGCAAUAACCAGUGAAAUCUCUCUCUUCCCUCUUCAGUAGCAUUCCUGUUCCAUCUCUGCCCCCUCUAGAUUUGCAAUUGCCCAGUCACUCAGACCAAUAUGAGCUCUGUCUGGAGCAGCAGCCUAAACAGCACCACCGUGCCCACUAUGAGACAGAGGGCAGCAGGGGAGCAGUCAAAGCACCUGGUGGAGGACACACUGUGGUUCAGCUUCAUGGGUACAGAGGCAAAGCUCCACUGGGUCUGCUGGUGUUCAUCGGAACAGCUGACAAGAGGCUCCUCAAGCCCCAUGCCUUCUACCAUGUGCACCGCAUCACGGGGAAAACCGUCACCACCCCUAGCAACGAGAUAAUGGUCAAUAACACCAACGUCCUGGAGAUCCCUCUGGAGCCCAAGAACAACCUGAGAGCAGUGAUUGACUGUGCUGGGAUCCUAAAGCUGAGGAACGCUGACAUUGAGCUGAGGACAGGAGAGACAGACAUCGGACGGAAGAAUACCUGUGUCCGUCUGGUCUUCCGGGUACAUAUUCCCCAUCCAGGAGGACAGUAUGUCUCUCUUCAAGUGGCCUCCCUUCCCAUUGAGUGUUCCCAGAGGUUGGCCCACCAGCUUCCCACUGUAGAGAGUCAGGACGUAGACCGCUGCUUGGUUCUAGGGGGACAGCAGAUGAUACUGACCGGACAGAACUUCACCUCUUAUUCCAAGGUGGUGUUCACGAAGAAUACACCUGAGCAUGCUGUUUGUCGAGAUCCCUCCAUAUCGAGAUCACACCAUUUAUCACGCGGCUAAAGUUAACUUCUAUGUGAUCAACGGAAGGAGGAAACGCUGUCAGGCGCAGCACUUUACCUAUAACUCCUUUAACAGGUGAGUCCAUCCAUAUGCCUUAUAUAUUUUUGUCGUUAUUAGAACUGGAUAUGGCCACACCUUAAAUUUCAGUAAGUUUAUCACUAUCCCAUUGCUUACUAUUUAAAGGGAUAGUUCCCCCAAAUUACAAAAUUACAUUUUGGCAAUCGGUGCCGCCUCUGCCUAAACACAGAGUAAGCAAGCUUGCUGUGUGUAGGAAGUCAGUCAGGGUCUGAACUUACUGUUGAGAGAUAGCAUAGUACAAUAUACAACAUGCAAUUUAGAAAUGUGGUUGUGCAUCAGCAGUUUUCAUCUCGUUAUGUCAGUCAAUCAAUUAGCCCAUGUCAAGGCAAGGCACGUGCCCAGAGGCAACCUAAACCUAAAACGCUAGAGGGCUUUCUGUCGACAAUAUAUCAUUUUGUAAUUUGUGUGAACUAUCCAUUUAACUUGUUUUUAGCGCCAACUGUCAUUUAAAACUCAGAUAAUCCAAAGUCUAAUUCCGAUUUACUGUUCUUUUCAGUUCCCGCCAUUAAAACGGAACCCAUAGAUGACUUCCAGUUUGGCCAGCUGGGUUGUACUGUGUCCAAGGUCCUAGGAGUGUCACCCAAGUCCUACCACGACACCCCCAGUA